AAAAGAAAAACGGUUUGAGCAAAAUAAAAACAGAUUCACAAUCGUAAGAAAAAAAAAACGUAAUGCUGUUUGAUCUCAUCAUUGUCAACACCUAACGGAUCGUUACCAUCGGACUCACCCGGUGGAAAAUAAAAAGUCUCUCUUCCUCCUCCGGUAACUGUUAGAAAAUUCGCAGCGAUGUUGAAACGUAGUGACAAAACAAAACCUCCUCACGGAUCUCAAACCCAUCGAUUAGUAUCUACUUUCGUCGUUGUCACCACUCUCCUAUUACUCGCAACUCUUUUCUUCUCUCUCGCCGAAAAAAACCAACCCAAACAGAUCAUCAAACACGUGUCUCCCUCUCAUCAUCCAACGGUGGAGAUCCAAAACGGAACUCAAUUAAUCUGGAAACUCCCAAAAACCAAACCAAAAGCUGUUCUGUUCAUCGCACACGGUUGCCACAGAAAAGCCACAGACUUUUGGGACAAAUCACCCUCUUGUCCCCAAUGCACUUCCUUACCAGAAGAAAAGGUUCUUGUCCGUACAGCUUUAUCCAAAACCUUCGCUGUCAUCACAAUCUCCAGCUCCGGAACUUGCUGGACGUUAGGUAAGGAGAGAAAAAUCGUUAGGGAUGUGAUCAAAACAUGGUUAAAGAGACAAAACCUCGAGAAGGUUCCUCUCGUGGCGUUAGGAGCUUCUUCUGGUGGUUACUUCGUCUCUGCUUUAGCCAUGGAUAUGAAUUUUCGUAGCAUUGUGGUUAUGAUAGCUGAAGGAGUGUUUGAUCAGAUUAGGGUUAGUAGGAAUUACCCGGCGACGCUCUUUGUGCAUAUGCCUAAGGAUGUGUAUAGGCAGCGGAAGAUUAGAGAGUUUCUAGAAGGGUUGAGGAUGGAAGGUGUUGAUGUUAAGGAGGUUGAGUGUUUUGAUUUGGAGAUGUCUCCGGGGUUUUUGGCUGAUAGGAUUCCCGGGUUUGAUCGCGGCGUGUCGGAGAAGAUUUUUGAGGUGUUUAGAGAGAAAGGGUUUGUUGAUGAGAAAGGGUUUAUGAAGCGUGAUGGGAGGAGAACGCCGUGGAAAGAAGCUCUUAGUGGGUAUGAGAUAUCGUUGGAUGAGAGUUUGGUUACUCCUGUUGAAGAGGAGUUGAAUCUUGCGUUUGCGUAUCAUGAGAUGACGAGUGUGGAGUCUGAGCAGAUCUUUAACUGGUUUGAAUCUCAUAUGGGGUGAAUGGGUGUAAAGAUCCUUCUUUGAAAGGUUUAAGAUGCAUUGCAUACUCAAAUGGUUAGUUUAAGGUUUGAGUUUGAGAAGACUAUGAUCACUCUAGUGUCUCUGGUGAGAAGAUAGUUUUGUUUGUAGCGUAGCAUAAGGUGAGUUUGCUUUUGUCGUUUUAUCUAAGACCACUAAGUCUGUUGAGUAAUGUGGUUCUUGAAUCUGUAACAAGAACAAAAAUAAGAAUGUUGGAUGCUAUGUACAAGCAGUUGUGAAUUGUGAGCAGUAUUUGUGAAGAAUUUUGUGGCACAAUGACUUAUAUCUAAAGCAAGAUUGAAAAGCUUUGUUUCUACCUGUCAUUAUUCAUUCUGCAAUGUAACAAACUGAAACAGGCAAGAGUUUGGUAUUAAUACAAAACAUAUGAAAAC